UGAAGUUACUGGGUUUCGAAUCCGUAGACGGUCGUGUUAUCGCGUGUUCAAUAUUAAUUUCCGACGAAAUUACGUAAAUGUUGAAUUACGAAUUCUACGUGAUUUGCCGGUAAAACUGAAAAACUUCUCAUGUCGUGAAAUAUAUUUCAUUUUUUUUUCUCUCAAUCAGAGAGGAGUAGGUAUUUGCAUCAUGAAAAAUAUCGUACGAUGCUGAUUAAUAUUUUUCCUACGUGUAUCUCGUUCCACGAUAUCAAAUAACCGAAUAGUUUUCGAAUUACCUACUCGUGUAAUAUUCGUGUGUGCAUUUUCAAGAAUGAACUUUUCAGGUGAAUUACAAAUUUCGUAGGAUAUCCGUCAACUUGUGGAUCCACUCCAGUGUCAUGAAUAAAAUGUGAAUACAUUCAUCAUUGACGAAGGCUAAACAAUUGCGAUAUAGCGCGGUGCGGUGAACUGAGGCUGUUUCAAAGUAGAUUAGCUGGGGAUAGAAAGAUAUGAUCGGAGAAAGAUUGAUUUCACUGAUGGUUACUUCUUUAAUAAUAUAUACUGCUUCUUCAAAACUAAAUAUUAUACAAGCUGUGCCUGAUUGUCGUAUAUCAGAAUUUCACUGCAAAACUGGAAAAUGCAUUCCUUCAGACAAAUUUUGCAACGGAAUAGACGACUGCAGUGAUAAAUCCGACGAACCACCAUAUUGUUCACCCUGUAACCGAACUUAUUACGGUGAAGUGGGCCAUUCAUACGAGCUUGAGGUAAGAAGACCUCGGGAAGAUAGAUUGCCUUUUUUGUGCUACUUAAAUUUUACCGCUGCUGGAGACGUAUUCGGUGAUCUAAUUCAGAUAACAUUCGAUGCGUUCACUGUGGGUAAAUUUGUUUCGUAUAUCGUCGACGGAUGCCCAGACGGUUAUAUGACUAUUAAAGAAAGCAGUCUGCCUACUAUUGGCGGACAGUGGUGUGGCAGUGCUUGGGGAUAUACUGUGUAUUACAGCGAAAGUUCUUCCAUUAAUUUAACUUUAUUUCUUAGCAGAUUAUCCGAACAGGGUAUUGGUUAUAAUUUCGAUUUUAAGAUAUCAUUUAAGUAUUUAAGAAAAACAGAUGCUCAUUUGAGGUAUGGAAAUACGACGGUAGCGACGUGGAGAGGUAAUUUAAUCUCCAGUACGUACUGCGAUCGUAUACUGGAGCAAUGUGAUAUUCGAACAUGUCGUGUACAGUCACCCAAUUAUCCAGGCAUAUAUCCGCGAAAUGUUACCUGCUACUAUAGAGUCGAAGUUCGGGAGAAUAUUCGAGGCAAGCAUUCUCUUGUUGCUGUCAAUCAAAGAUACGCUCAUAAAAUUCACAUGAAAGACCAAUUCAACAAAUAUGACCGGAGUCAACGAACUCUAAGGGUUUGGGACCAGUGUAACGUGAUACAAGAUUAUUUAACAGUGUAUGACGGUGCAUCGACCGAAGAUCCUAUACUGGUGCGAUUAUGCGGUGGAGACGCAGUGCCUGACAUAAUCAGUAGCGGUCCUCACAUGCUUUUGGAAUUUCACACAUCCCCCUACGAUAAUCCUUUUCAUCCAGUGCCUCUUAGCUAUUUACCAGGCUUCGAAUUAGACGUGAAGAUUUUACGUGUAGACUCAAGAUCACCUUCUUAUGUUCAGAACAAAACAAAAUGUGAAUUUACUAUCGUUAGUUACGAGGGUAGCAAGAACUGGGGGUAUUUGGAGAAUCCCAGGCAUUCUUUACCUCCAAAUACAACGUGUCGUUAUCGAUUUCAAGGACGAAGGUCGCAAAACGUCUGGAUUUCAUUCGUCAAAUAUCACGCGGCCAGUUGGGAUCCGAAUGCUUAUCAUUUAGAAAUGGAAUGUAACGCCAAGUUGACCAUAUUAGAUGGACCUACGGAAGUACCGAAUGGCCAAAAAAUAAACGCUACAGUUAUAGGAGAAUUUUGCAAAGACGAAACGCCUAAACUAUGCGAUCACGCAAUACUACGAAAUCGAACCAGAAACACCAGACCAUGUACGUUGUCAGAAAGUUACGUUUCGAGUGGAAGUGAUCUAACACUAGAUAUCUAUCUACGAAAAGGUUCGGUGUUAUUUCCGUUGAGUUUUCAAUUAAGAUACGAAUUCGUCGAUACUUCUCUGGAGGGUAUGAAAGUGCCAGAAUCGCACAACUUGUGUGACCGUAUCUUUACAUCAACGGGCGCUUCGUCGUCAUUCGGAAAAUUCUAUUCUCCCAAAAGCGUUUUCUUCUACGGAAGAGGUGGCACGAGAAAUUUGAAUUGCGUAUUCAAAUUUAAGCCAAAUACCGGUGAGAAAGUUCAACUCAAAUUCAUAUCUGCCAACUUAGGCGAGAGAUCCUGCCAUACCAAAAAUGACACCAGAACGGGUAGAUUGAAAUGUGUUUACAACCAACACGGUAUUCCUUUUAGCAAGGCAGAAAUUUGGAUUACCGAGUAUAUUUGGUCGAAUGUCCAGAUGCCGAGGAGUUGCAUUUGUUCACGUUUAAACGAGCCCUUUAAAAUAAUGUCGCUGAUGUCUUCUGUUUUGCAAAUUAAUUUCACCGUUACCAACAUGAACAUUACUGAAGAUUUCGAAAGUAUAUUCUUCGACGGAGAGUAUCAUUUUGUCGACGAAAUGUCAUCCACUGAUAGUGAAUUAUGCCUCAAGAACCAGUAUAGUAAAAAAGUUCGUGGUUACAGUGGCGAAAUUCGUAAUCGUGAUAUUAGAACAAUUGGCAGCUCAACAACAAACGACUACUCUUCUCAGCUGACGGAAACAUUACGUAAAUGUGGUAACUAUCCAUGGCUCAUCGAACCAGAAGAAGACUUUGUUAGUUUUUUAUACUUAAAAAUCAACGGACGUGAAUUAUUACCAUCGAAAAAAGACCACGAAAAUUACCAUUGUUCUACAUCAAAUCGAAUUAUCGUGUACAGUGGUCGUAAUCUGCGAAAUCCCAGAGUCAUAUGCCCAGCCCCUGUCCAAGAACAAAAUAAGUUACCAAUAGUAGAAAUAUUUUCCGAUGGUUGGAAUUACUCUAGCAGUGAGUUUCAAAAAUUGGACCUGUUGUCGCGAAGUUUUAUCGUCGAAUUCGUAAACGUAGAUAUUCAUUCAGUCUCAUACGUAGUAUCUUGGCUAGAAGUAACUAGGCAACCAUCACAAUCGACCAUUUCAUUGUUACAAGGAAUCGAAUGUCCAUACAGAUGUCCGGAACUGAAUGCGUGUAUCAGUUCGACGGUUUGGUGCGAUAACGUCCAACAUUGUCCUUCCGGUUUCGAUGAAAGUGACAUAAAUUGUUUACAAUUUAACAUGCCGACAUUGUAUAUUUCAUUCGGUGGAGGUUUAUUAGCUCUGUUGACAGUAUUAAUCCUAUGCACAUCCUGGUGCAAAUACCGACAUCAUAGCAAGGCUGCGCGCAAAGCAGAGAAGCAAGCAGUCAGAAAUAAUUUACAUGGCAACAAUAUUAGUCAUAAUGGCGACAUUUAUUGUAAAAGAUAUUCCCUCAACGGUAGCGAUUUAUAUUUAGAUGGAAAAGAUAGUUUUUGUUGACAGAAUGUCUCCCCUUUGGAAACGACAGUAUGAUCGUGCUUUUUUCCUGUUUAUUUAUUUCCUUUUUUUUUUUUUUUUUUUUUUGUAAAUACGUCUGGUUUUGUGUGGUGUUUAUGUUAUGAGGUUUCGAUACACUGAUUAUCUACAUGCGAAACAAACAAAAACAAGAAAAUGUUAUGUUUUUACGAUUUUUUUUUCAGAUAAAAUCAUUCAGCUCCAAACAAUAGAUGAAUAUAGGUACAUAUACUUAAUCAAUACGCCUUCAUGCGGAAGUACAUACCUAGAGUGCUGAUUUAAUAGAUACCUACUUAUGUUAUUUAUAUUGAGAAAGUAAUCUCAAUUUUAUUUUCAACCAUAAAAUUAAUAAAUUUUGGAGCUCAAAAAUACUACACUAUCGAAACCACCAUCGAAUGUUUCCAUGAUGCAAUGUUAUUUAUUUCUUCAAAACUUGGAUAAGCCUAUUUUGCUUUAAUUACUGCACUUAUCUAGUCAGUUUCGUUCGUAUAAAUUUACCCAAAUGGUGGAUUACUUAUGGCUAGUAAUAAACGGACGCAUUUCUCACUAACCACCAAUAUUAAAUCCUAACGCAAUUGAACUAAUACAAAAACCACCCUACCUUAAAGCAACAAUCUGCGAAUUUUUACGUAAUAAAAGCACACCUAUUAAAACAGCGAUUCGUACAACUUUUCCAACAUUUUAAAUAAUUGCAUUGUAAUUCCAAAGGGGAGAAUUUCAUGUGUAAUUUUACUACACACCUGUAUACCUACAAUAGGACAUGGCAGUAAAAUACUUCAGAUUCUUUUGCUUUUAAAAAUAUAAUUUUUUUAUUAAUUUUUUUAACCGUAAUUUUUCCCGUAGAAUUUUCGCCUUUUAUACAUCACUGGUUUUUAAAUGUAGAUAGGUAUUCCCGUCAUUAAUUUUAAUUUCUCAGAUUAAAAAUCGUUAUUUUAACCUGAGUAGGUACUAAACAAUACAUUGGGCUACCCUUUUUUUUUUAUUAUUAUUAUUUUCUCGCAUAUUAUUUAACAACGAGUCAUUUAUAUGUAGAAAUGACGGUUUUUAACAAAUUUACCUUAGGGAUAACGUUGGGUAUCUUUUUUGAAGAACUUUCGUUUUAUCCCUCGUUUGUACAGCCCAAAACAAGAAAUAUAUUAUGGGUUAUAUUUCAAGUUACAAUCGACGAAUUUUUUCGAUAAAAAAAUACUUAAAAAUUCCUUUGAUGUUACCUACUAGAACUUCUUGUAAAAGUUUCCUGAAUCUCCUUACACAACGCGAGCAGUUUUUGACAAGAUAUCUUUUCUUGUAACCCGACGAACUUCUGAUUUUAUCAUCUUCGAUUUUUUUUAUUCGGUCUUUUGAAAAAUAAAAAUUUUAAUUUAGAUAUGACCUCUAGAGGAUUGGAUGAUUGCGAAAAGGUUGAUUUGAUUUUAUUUCUGCGGAUGAUUUACAAGAUGUGAUUUUUUUCUUACCAACUGCUACGUGUAGAGAUAUAUUAUUGAUAUUAGGUAAAUAUUAAUCAUUUUAACAGCUGUGAUAUAAAUUGAAAAUUACAAAGCGAUUACUAGUUUAAGUAGAUUUUGAGUUGAAAUAAAAAUAGAACUACCUACUUUUAUUUUUAUAAUAUAGGUACCUAUAUUUACUUUAUUAGACGAUUGUGUUUCUAUAAUUGGUAGAUACUUAUAUUUUUCACUCACUGAUGUCAGUGGUGUGCUAUUUUACCAAACCUACUUAAAAGAACACAUUCGCGAUUUUAGCGGAUUUAUUCUUGUUUUAUUCAUAAUAGGUUGGUACCUACUUAAAAUUUGAUUAAAUAGCGAGUGCCUACCUAUUUGAAGCGUGAAACGAAUCAAUAAUUUAUGUAUUCAUAUGUACAGGUAAUUUUAUUAGGUACCUACACACUUACUUCAAAUCAUCUGUUUAUUUCGAUAAUCGUACAUUCUUCAUGUAGAUAUCUUGUAGACGAACCAUUAUCCACUUUGUGUAAGCAUAGCAUACCUACCUAUGUAUAUAUUUUCUCACUUUUGUAAUUUAUAUACCAUUUUUGAUGACUGAUACAUUUAUACUUCUAUUUUCAUAAGAAUCUUUUCUUCUUUUUCAUUAUCCGACAUUAAAUUUUUUUGUCUA